AGUUAGCUGGCGUGGUGUCGUGACCCUGCAGUCCCAGUUAAGUUGGGCUGAGAUAGGAGAAUCGCUUGAGCCCAGGAGUUCCAGGCUGCAGUGAGCCAUGGUCGUGCCACUGCACUACAGCCUGGACAAAAAAGCAAGACCCUGUUUCAAAAAGAGAAAAGGAAAAAAUUAACAUUAAGAACUUCCUUCAUCAAGACACCAAGAGAGUAAGAAAACCCACAGAGUAGGAAAAGAGAUUUGUAACACACAUCUCCAACAAAGGACCCGCCCUGAGAACACGGAACUCGCAAAAAAUUAGCAACACUUCCGCUCGAGCCUGGACGGAACUUCCUGUCACAGAGAAGAACAUCCGGCAGAAUUUCCUGUUAGGAGGACUCUCCGGCACGGAGAAAUGGAGGCCGAAAGGCUGCGACUCCUCGAGGAAGAGGCGAAGCAGAAAAAGGUAGCCAGAAUGGGAUUUAAUGCAUCUUCCAUGCUCCGAAAAAGCCAGCUAGGUUUCCUUAACGUCACCAGUUAUUCCCGUUUAGCCAACGAGCUGCGUGUGAGCUGCAUGCAGAGGAAAAAGGUUCAAAUUCGGAGCUUGGAUCUCUCCUCUUUGGAGAGCAACCGAUUUAACUUCAUCCUGGCGAGUACCAACAGCGACCAGCUCUUCGUAGUGAACCAGGUGGAAGUCGAAGGCUCCAAGUACGGCAUCAUCAGCUUGCGAACGCUGAAGAUACCUUCGUUCCACGUGUACGUGCUCAGAAACCUGUUCGUCCCCAACCGGAAAGUGAAGUCCCUGUGCUGGGCCUCGCUGAACCAGUUAGACUCUCACGUUCUGCUGUGCUUUGAGGGAAUCAGAGAAGCUCCAAGCUGUGCCGUGCUGCUCCCAGCGUCGCGCUUCUUAAAUGUCUACGCCAGUAGAGUAAACCAGCCUGGGAUGCUCUGCAGUUUCCAGAUCCCUGCGGCCUGGUCCUGUGCCUGGUCCCUGAACUUCCAGGCAUAUCACUGCUUUAGUGCCGGCGUGUCUCAGCAGGUCCUGUUGACCAACGUGGCGACGGGACACCAGCAGUCAUUUGGUGCCAGCAGUGAUGUCUUGGCCCAGCAGUUUGCCAUUACGGCCCCUUUGCUGUUCAAUGGCUGUCGCUCCGGGGAGAUCUUUGCUAUUGAUCUGCGUUGUAGAAAUCGAGGCAAGGGGUGGAAGGCCACUUGCCUGUUCCAUGACUCAGCAGUGACCUCUAUACAAAUCCUCCAAGAAGAGCAAUGCCUCAUGGCGUCGGACAUGACUGGAAAGAUCAAGCUGUGGGACCUGAGGGCCACUAAAUGUAUAAGGGAAUAUGAAGGUCAUGUGAAUGAGUCCGCAUAUCUGCCCCUGCAUGUGCACGAGGAAGAGGGAAUCGUGGUGGCAGUAGGCCAGGACUGCUACACAAGAAUCUGGAGCCUUCAUGAUGCCCACCUGCUCAGAACCAUCCCCUCCCCAUACCCCGCCUCCGAGGACGACAUUCCCAGCGUGGCCUUCGCUUCUCGGCUUGGGGGCAUCCGGGGAGCGGCACCAGGGCUGCUCAUGGCUGUCCAGCAGGACCUUUAUUGUUUCCCCUUCAGCUAAUUCUGCAGGUGGCAGCAUGGCCGAAUGUGAAUUUGACUUAAGGAAGUUGAAUAUCUUAUUACCAUUUUUGUGAGAGCAUUUUAAGAGACGUGGUGUAUAUAGAUCCCAUCCAUCCGGCUGCCAGGGGUAAGGUGUUAAGAGUUUUAUAUGGUGACAUUUCUGUAAAGUUAUUUCAGUUAAGCUCUGGAUUUAGCUUGAAAGUCCUUCCCAUAAAAGGUACCUAUUUCUUCUUGUUGAAUACCUCAGAAUAGUUGCCCCCCCCCCCCCUUUUUUUUUUUUUACAAAUAAUAAAAGACUUUUCUAAGGACCGAAGAUUGGCAAAAACUAAAUUAAAGCUGCUGCUUUCACUAGUAGCUCUUUAGAGAAGCAUAAUGAUGGAACUGGUAAGACUUUUUGACUACUGGGGUCCGAAGUAUCUGUGCUUGAGAAAGCCAGUGGGAGAAGAGACAAAGGAGAGGUCAUUUCUUCGAGUCUCUACAGAAAUAUUUAAGGCUGGAGCUUGGAAUCAUUAAAUUUGGCCUUCUGAAACUCAAUAGCAGAUCUCCAAAAUUCUCCUUUUAUUAUAUAUAAGCAUUGGAAGGAAAGAUGGAUCUUUUUAAAUACUAAACAGUCCUUCAUGUGCUUUUGUUGAGGCCCUUCUCAGAAUGUAAGGUACAGCAGUUCCAGUUUCUAUUAUGGUGACUUGAAUUUCAGAUUCAAGGACCCCGCUGUCAAAAGGGCUUUGACGUUUUGUAAUCUAGGAGCAGCAGUUUGUGAGAGGUUUAUUAAAAAUGUUAAAAAGCUUGUUUUUCUACCAAGCAAGGAAGAAAAAAAAAUGUGUAAUAAUGUUUGUUGCUACUUCUUAAUAGCCAAAGCCUUUAAAUGAUGUGAAUUUCCAAAAUACUAAAAUUUGUACUAUAAUCAUGCAAUUGGAUACUGCAUAAUAAUGGAAAAUAAGGCACAAUUGCUAUGCAAAACAGUAUGGAUCACUCGCAACAUGUUGAUUGAAAUUAGGUAGAAAUGAGUGCAAACUGUAUGAUUCAGUUCUGAAGUUCAAAAGCAGUAAAAACUUGUCCAUGGUGAUGAAAGGUAGAAUAGUAGCUACCUCUGUAGAAGGAAGAAAGGAUUUUUCUUUUUCUGUUUGAGAAGUGACAUGGGGAAGCUUUAGGUAUGCUGAGUUUCUUUAUCUUGAUAACUUGAUACAUAAUUUUCAUAUAUUUAUACACUUCACACUUUUAUAGUUUACUGUGUAUAUGUUAUUCCUCAAAAAUAAAAAUAAGAAAGCAAUUAGGACACUAUUGUAGUUAGUCAGUUAAGGGACAACGAUGGCUUGGACCUGCAUAUGAGGAGUAGAAAUGAUUGCAUUGGAAGAGCAUUUGAAGGUAGUAUUAUUAGACUUGCUGAUGAGAGUAAUCUAGAAAGUGAAAAUAUAGCAUGGCAGCUUUUUUGUUAACUUCAUAACUGGUAGAUGAUGGUGUCCUUUACUGACAUGGGGAGGAUGAGGAGAAAAAUCUUUAGGUGAAAGGAAUGAUGCUGAGUUUUAGGAAUCUACUAACCUCCAAUUGGAGAUAUAAUGUAUUCUUGUAAAUCAGGGAUCAUGACAUGAGUGGUAAUACAAAUUUGGUGACUUCAAUACAUAGAAUUAAAAUAGAUGGGAUAGAUGUACUUCAUAUGAUACAGAUAGGGCUAAUAUUGUAGUAACUACAUAUUGAUAGAAGAUAAGUAGAUCAACAGAGAAGGUAUGGGAGUGUGGUUAGGCACAGAUUUUUGGAAUCCUUUAAUUUAAAUCAGUUUUUGAUACUAACUUGAUGUGUGACAUGAGAAAUUGUGUAAGCUUUACUUGCUGUUUAUUCAGUGUAAAAUGUCUUAGAUAAUAAAACAAUCAUAAAGUAGAUAUAGGAUUAAAGGAUGUAUACAUUGUCUUUUUUACAUUGUAAGCAUUCAAAAUAAAAGAAAAAAUUUUAAAAUGGGCUGGGUGCGGUGCCUCACACCUGUAAUCCGAGCACUU